AUGAGUUGUCCUGAUCAAAGAGAAAUGCAGAUUGAAUUGGAAAGAACUACUAAAUUGGAGCUGGAGAAAUGGCUAAUGGUGGAGGACAGUAUUAUGAUACAGAAGUCCAGAGUACAGUGGUUUAAUUUGGGAGAUUCUAAUACAGCUUUUUAUCAUGCUUGUGUGAAAAAUAGACAAGCAAGGAACAACAUUGGCAGGUUAACUGACAGUAAUGGGGAUAUAGUGCAAAAUCCUGAAGAGGUGAAGGCAGAAAUUCUAAAUUUUUAUAGGGGGUUACUUGGUAGUUCAGCUACACAGCUACCAAUGAUCAACUAUGACAUAAUGAAGAAUGGCAAUGUGUUGAGUAGGAGUCAACAACUACAGUUAAUUAGACCAGUCGGCAGGGAAGAAGUGAAGCAAGCUUUAUUGGGCACUUAUGACAACAAGGCACCAGGGUGUGAUGGGUAUAAAUCCUACUUCUUUAAGAAGACAUGGCACAUUGUGGGAGAAGAAAUAACUGCAGCAGUUCAAGAUUUCUUUGAGAGUGCUGAUAUGUGUAAAGCCAUUAAUUGCACAACAAUCACACUGAUUCCAAAAAUCCAGAAUCCAACAAACAUAAGAGACUUUAGACAUAUUUCAUGA